ACGCUCCUGAGCGCCGAGCGACUCGUAGGCUUUGCGCGGGACGGCGAGGUAAGGGGGGACGCGCUAGGCGGAGCCAGCUGAAAAUCGGCCGAAAUGUGCAGUUCUUGCCCAGCUCUGCUUUAACCCAUUAAUCCUGCCAUUGUAGACGACGCUUUAUACACUGUUUAUUAUCAGCGUGAGUUCCUGAUUGGCUUCCUGCUUUUUUGCUAAGGUGUGAGUGCGCCUGCACUUCAAUUUACAGUGGAUUUUUAUUGUGAAUAAUUUUUAUAAAAAAGACAUGAACAUUUUGAUCUUAUACACGAAAAUUAUAAUUUAUUAUAUUUACGGAUAUAAAAUAUUGUAGAAUAGAUUUUUUUGUGUUAUAGGAUUAGUUAACAUCUUGUGUAUAAUAAGAUAUAAAAUAAAUGGCAGUGUAUUGCAAAAUAUAUCGGCCACUAUGGUCCUGGUGCCGUAAAUUUCACAGAAGUACAUAUUUUUUAUUAAAUCAAAUUCCUAAUAGCAGGAAAAUCGUCCCUUUAAAUAUUAUUAUUUCGGAAAAUACAGAUGUUUAUAAGAAAAUGAAGGAAAAUAUAUCAAAUAUAGAAUGGUCGAGCAUACGAGAAGAACUUCUUCAAAUUCAACAAAUCACUCCAGCCAUUGUAGAUACCACAAUUAUGGACAUAUGUCUUAAAGAUUUUGAAAUAGACACAGCUAUUGCAUAUUUUAAAUUUCUGAGAGGAAACAAUUAUCCUCUGAAUGUGGCAGUGAUCGGAAAGUAUCUAAGACUCUAUUAUCUGAAACGCAAUUCAUUGACUGAUGUAGAUAAAACAGAAAUUAUAGAAACAUAUAAUGCCCUAAGACAGCAGCAUACAUAUUUAGAUUCUGUUACAGCUGAACAUUGUAUAGUGAGCUUGUGCUUAACAGAUCAGUGGGAAAAAACAUUUGAAAUAAUGGAAAUGAUAAGGAUUACUACUCAUCUAGGUGCAACUGUAUAUUCUGCAAUAAUUGCUGCAGCAUUUAGAAACCAAAAAUCUGAUAUUGCAUGGAAAAUGUUAUUAGAAAUGACAUUACACAGAUUAAGGCCACAAAAUGUUGUGUAUACAUCACAUCUGCAAUAUUGUGAACUAGAAAAAACAAAAAUUAAUGAUAGGAUAGAAGAAAUGUUUAAAUUUUGGGCUGAACACAGUAUAAUGCCACAUAAUCAUAUUAUGAAUGCAUAUGUCAAUACAGUUACUAAAUAUGGCUGGUCUGUAGCAUCCACAACUAUUUCCACUACGGGGAAUUGUAGUCAUUGCAAUCAUUCUUUGUCAAAGAUAACAUUCAGUGACAAAAAUUUUCAGGAUCUAGCUGAGUCUGUAAUGAACAAAGUAAUUAUAGGAUCAGAUAUUUAUCGCAAGACCAAUCCACGAGAAUUGCAAAGAUUCAAAAAAUUUAUUGAGGACACUAAACCUUAUGACAUAGUGAUUGAUGGACUCAAUAUAAGUUACAUUCAAAAUAAUUGCACACCUAUAUUAGAAACGUUGCUUAAUGUGAUCGAAUACUUCAGCAAACGUAGAAAAAGGAUACUUGUAUUAACACGAAAACAUCAGAAAAAGCUGCCUAGUUUCAAAUAUAUAGAAAAACAUGCAUUUGUCUUUUUUACAGAUAACUUGUCUGCUGAUGAUCCUUAUAUGCUAUAUGCAACCAUGUCAAGUGGCAAAAAUGCAAAGUUUGUAUCAUUAGAUUUAAUGCGACAGCAUAAGCACAGUUUAAAAGACCUGCCUUUGGAAAAAGAAUUUAAGAAAUGGCAAUGCUCACAUCAGUAUUUUGUUAAGAAGAAAAGUGCAACCAGCAUAUAUAUACAGGAACCUUUCGUUUAUGUACCGACUGCACAUAAAAAUGGUGAUCAUUGGCAUGUGCCUUAUGUCAGCGAUGAUUCUACCUAUGCAGAAACGCUUGAAUUCCCAGAUAAAUGGUACUGUUUAAAGUGCAGUAAAAAUAAAUGAUUAUGAUAUAAGAAAAUAAAUUUUGCUAC